CCCAACCAUGUCUACCACAACCACCACCACCACCACCACCACCACAACCACAACCACCACCAAUAAACCACCCAGCCACCCAACCCUGAUCCAAGUCCACCGCAGCCCCAUCCCCUUCGCCAGCGGCGCCUACUCCCUCGUCUCCCUGCCGGCCGGCUCCCUCUUCUGCCCAAUCACCGGCACCACUCCGUCCCGCAAAGCCUACACCUCGGUGCAGACCGGGCGCGACACGCACAUCGAGCUCAAUUCCGACCUGGUCUACUGCAACCACUCGUGCGCGCCUACGCUGGACUUCGACAUGGCGCGCAUGGAGGUGCGCGUCGUGGCGGACCGCGAUCUGAAAGCGGGCGACCCGCUGACCUUUUUCUAUCCCUCCUCGGAGUGGGAGAUGGAUCAGCCGUUUCAGUGUACGUGUGGGGCUGGGGAGAAGUGUCGCGGGGUGAUCGAUGGAGCGAAGAAGAUGGAGGUGGCGGUGUUGAGGGAGUAUUGGUUGAAUCCGCAUAUUGAGGAGAUGGUUAGAGAGAGGGAGGGAGUGUGAUUGAAGUUGGAUGUGAGGUUGAGGUAGAGGUAGAGAGGUAUAGAGAUAGAAAUAGAGGUGGAUGGAUUGUCUGUAUAACGGAUUGGAUGACCGUGAAGAAUUCUUAUAGACCAGAAGCAAAAACCUUUCACGAGCAUGAGCUACUAGCAUAACAAAUCCAAUUUACUACUAAG